AUGGCUCCAUCCAAGUCGAAGCAGGCGGCCAGCAGUGGCUGUAACUGUAAGAAAUCCAAGUGCUGCGCUGGUGGUGUCACUGGCUGGCUCAAGAUCUUCGCCAUCCUGCUCGGCGUGCUCGCGCCAAUUGUUUACUAUCUGGAGCAGAACCUGAACCGCUUCUACAUCUUCGACCUGGACCAUCUCCAUGACCUCUCCAAGCGCAGUAUUGCCGCCCACGGCAAUGACACCCGCGCCAUCGUCAAAUAUAUCGUUGAUGAGCUGACCAGCAAGGUCGAGCUGAAGCCUUACAUCAACACCGAUGAAGAGUGGGUUUUUAACAAUGCCGGUGGUGCAAUGGGUGCUAUGUAUAUCAUUCAUGCAAGCAUCACCGAGUACCUCAUCAUCUUCGGCACUGCGAUCGGUACCGAGGGCCAUACUGGUCGCCACACAGCCGAUGAUUAUUUCCACAUCCUGACGGGUACCCAGGUCGCCUACACUCCUGGCAAGUACGAGGCUGAGGUCUACCCUCCUGGCAGCAUGCACUGGCUCCCUCGCGGUGAGGUCCAGCAGUACAAGAUGCCUGAAGGCUGCUUUGCCCUCGAGUACGCUCGCGGCUGGAUCCCUCCCAUGCUUUUCUUCGGCUUUGCCGAUACCUUUAGCAGCACCCUCGACUUCCCCACCCUCUGGCGCACCGUUGUCAUCACCGCCAGAGAAAUGAUCGCCAACCUGCUCAAGGGCAAGUUCUAA